AGAUAGCCAGAGCGACAUCACUGGUUUUGAUUCACCUUAAAAGCUGCGGGUAGCUCCCUGAAAAUUAUUUCUUACCUUGCAUUUAACAAACAAACAAAUCCGCUGACCACUGGUGAUGUCACAGCUGCGCUCGAAAGUCAUUAGCCUCUACAAGCACUUGCAGUAUUUGGGCCGCGAAUAUCCCGGCCUGAACGGGCCCCAGAAGUUCCGCAAGCAGAUCCACGAUGCCUUCAUGAACCACAAGGACGAGCAGGACCCGAAGAAGAUCGUGGCCCUGCUGGCCCAGGGACGCUACCUGGCCAAGGAGGUGGAGGCCCUCUACUCGCUCAAGAAGUAUCGCACUGUGAAGCAGCGCUACAGCUACAAUGACUAAGGCCGGGAGGAGUGGCGGCGAUGCGGAAAUCGCUUGCUAGCUAAUUCAAGGACUGAUGAUGAUGGCUGGGUGGGGAGCAGUGACCAGGCAGGUGGAGAACAUGAUAUGAGUAUGAGGUCGCCCUGCUUGUCGCGUAUAUGCAUAUUCUAUUGCCAAAGCAGACUCGAUCCAAACACACACGCAAAAAAUACAUAAGCAGUAAUAUUUUCGAAUGUCUUGUCAAUGUCUAACUUAAAGUUGUUAUUGAUGCAAAACAAAAAAUUAACAAAAAAAAAGCGAAAAACCGAAAAACGGACGUAGCAAAUAAACGAAGCAGUCAUUGAAUAACCAAA